AUACCCAACUAGUUCUUGCAUGUGUUAAAUUUUUGUUAUAUAUAUAUAUAUACACACACAUAUACAUCCUGGUGGUGGUGACCCAGUUCGGGAAGAUGGGUACCCUGGUCUCCCUGGAGCCCAGCCCCGUGGCCAGUGACAUCAGCAAGCCCGUGCUCACCACGAAAGUCCUUCUUGGGCAGGACGAGCCUCUCAUCCAUGUCUUAGCAAAGAACCUGGUGACGUGUGUGUCUCAGGAAGCUGGAAACAGAGCGGUCCUCCUGGCCAUGGCCGUGAAGGACAGGAGCGUGGAGGGGCUGAAGGCCUUGAAGGAGGUGAUCCAGUCCUGCCAGGUGUGGUGACCCUGGAGCAGCAGACACGCCUGCUACUCAGCGGGCUGAGGGGACACGCGACACCCUCGGUCAGGCA